UGCAAGCAGAUCCUCUGCCCCUCACAGCUGGGGGUCUGAGUGACUAACCUCCCAGCAAAGCUGUUUAAAGGCCCAAAGGGUGCUGAGCCCUCCCAAUCCCUGGACAUCAUGGGCAUCUGGGUCUUUCCCAUUGCUCUCUCGCUGCUGUGCCUGACUCCUGGGAGCCUGCAAGGCGGACUGCCCCGGCUCCCUCCCAACGUGGGGAAAGGCUACAGCCCCUCCAGUGGUCUGGGAGCAGGCUCUCCAGCUCCAAAUGGCUAUGGAACAGGUGUUGGUGGGGGUAUGGAACCUCCAAAGCCAGGCUCUGGAGGGGUUGUGAAGCCCCAGAAGUCAGGAUAUGGACCUGGGCUGGGAGCUGGAGUCUUUCCAGGGGUGGGAGCACAGCCAGCCCCUGCACCUCAAAAUGGCCAUGGACCAGGCAUCAGAGGGGGCAUGAAACCUCCAAUGUCAGGGUUUGGAGCUGGGGCCUUCCCAGGAGUUGGAGCCCAGCCAGGUUUGGGAGCUGUCUCGAAGACUCAGAAACCAGGAUUUGGCAAUGGAAACGGCCUGGGAGCUCAACCAGGGCAAGGUGGUUUACACCUGUAA